AUGAGCGACCUCUCCCAAACCAUGCUUCCCAACUCCAACCCGCACCCGCCGUCGUUGCCUUCGGCCUCGAUUGUCCAAGCGACUGACCUCAAGCGCAAGCGGAGUCCGUCGCAUGAGGCAAUUCAUCCCGCAUCCGCGCCCCUGCCCAAGCAGGCCAAGACUCACAACCACUUGCAGAUUAAUUACCUCGCCAGACACUGCGACAAUGACCUCCCACUAAUUACAAAUGACGACACCCUGCCCAACAUCCUCACGCUGCUGAGCGACUACCAGGGCGUGCUCGACCGCCAUGAGAGCAUGGCCUGCAACCUAGGUGCCCGCCCGCUUGGACCUAUUCUGAUCAAGCGCUUCGAGCGCCUGUUCGAUGGCCCGCCCCGGGUGCUGAAGAGCCAUGGCAAGGACGGCACCACGGUGACGUGGCUGGAUGUGGUCGAGUUUGCGCGCAAUAAGCCCGAGCAGUUCCAGCUUGGGCAGAUGAGCGAGGGUGUGCGCGUCUGCCAGUUCUACACCAAGCAGUGCAGGGUGCAGAUCUCGGAGGAGGAUUUCGUCCUCAUUUCCUCGGGCAUUCCGCAGAAGAUGAUCCCCCCUCAGCCAAUUAUCGAGGAUGAGGAGAAGGAGUUGGGGACGCUGGAGAUUUUGGAGAAGAAUUUGGGGCAGAUUUGUCAAUUGGCUGAUCAGGUUGCUGCGCGCACCCGACAGCUCAACCACCGCCUCAAAGGCAGAAAGCAGGCCAUCGUCGACAGGAGAGCAACUUCAAGUCCCGCUCCGCCAAAGCGCCCGGCGAGUCCUUCCAACGUUGCUCUCAUGAAUGGCGCGGCCGCUCAGGCAGCCAGCUCCAAUCUCGCAAACCUAACCCAAUCCUCACAGCCUUCCCCCAGCAGCUUUGUUGCUGUCAAUGCCCGGCCUCCCUCUGACCAAAAUAGCAAUGGGUCAUCCACAAACACUCGCCACGAAUUGAUGUCCAAAUUCCAUACUCUCAGCGACCGGCGGCAAUCUUCAGCACCCAUCAACGGCGCUGGCGAUGUUCGCCGUCCUUCCAUAGCCCCUAACACCCCCUCUCACCCUGCCACGCCCAUUGUAGGCCCCUCAAAGGUGCCACCAAAACCUGUGGAAGGAAAUCCACCACCCCUCUCCACAGCCAGACUUUCACACUACUCCGAGGCAGAAAUCCAACACAUGAUCAAUUCGCCCGUACCAAUCCCAAACACACCAUCUAGUCUACUGCCGGCAUCAAGUCAACGUGGAAACCAACCGCAAGAAAAAGACGACGGCGGCCCCUUCAAAAUCGAAAUGGUGCACCGAAUGGAGAGCCUAGCAAAAGGCGAGCGCAUCCUCCCGCCCUGUGACCGGUGUCGUCGAUUACACAUGGACUGUCUCAAAAAUCUAACCGCAUGCAUGGGCUGCACAAAGAAACAUGCAAAAUGCUCAUGGAAAGAGGUCCGCGAGCUCGAACUCCGUGGCGGCCCCGUCCACCACGGCGUCAUGUCCAGCGGCAUGGGCAGCGAAAGCGAGGAAUUCGAAAAUAGCGGCGGUCGUGAACGUGCAAGCACCGGAUCGCCCGGUGCGAGCACGAUUCUAAGUCCUCUGCAUAAAGGCAUGACGCCCACCGCGAAUAUGGGCGCGGGCGGAGGAGGUAAUCCUAUUGGCUUGCCUCCUGAGGUAAGGAUGCUACCGAAUCGAUCAUCCCCGCCGAAUAUAGAUCGGGAGAGAGAAAGGGACAGGGGAGUUGAAGCGCAGUUGCAGGAGGCGGCUAAGUCAGGUCUUGCACAUGCCAAUGCUAGACUCGGUAUAUCUGGGAAUAAGGGCACGGAGUACCAGACUAUGGUCGCUUGA